CUCUCUUUCCUCAGUACGAGCUCAGCACAACAAAUCAAUAAAGGAGGGAAACCAAAAGGUAAAACCCUAAAACCAGAACUCAGAGCUCAAAACUCAAAACCUCUUUCUCUUUCAAUGCUGUAAAAUUCCUGAACUCUAUUUUUCUAUUUUCUAUCCAUACUCUUUGGUUUUUUUUUUUUUCACUUUCUCUCCCCUCUCUAUUUCAAUUCCAAAACAAAGAAAGAAAGAAAGAAAUUGCUUUCCAUGGCGAGGCUUCUUCGAAACGCUUCGUUUCUGAGACGCGCUCUUGUUGCUCCCGAGCAGGGAAUAAGGAGAGGGGUGUUGGGAACAUCGACUCAGAUAUGCAAUUUUGCUACAAAAGGUAAAAGAAAAUCCAAGUCAGAUGGGAGUGAGUCUGGUGAAGAAAAUAUGUCAAAGAAAGAGUUGGCCUUACAACAAGCUCUUGACCAAAUUACUAGUCAAUUUGGAAAGGGAGCUAUCAUGUGGUUUGGCCGUUCCGAAGCUCCCAAAAAUGUCCCAGUCGUGUCGACGGGUUCUUUUGCUCUUGAUAUUGCACUCGGAUGUGGUGGAUUUCCAAAGGGUCGUGUGGUGGAGAUUUUUGGUCCUGAGGCUUCUGGGAAAACCACUCUUGCUUUGCAUGUAAUUGCUGAAGCACAGAAGCAAGGAGGUUACUGUGUCUUUGUUGAUGCCGAGCAUGCCCUUGAUUCAUCAUUAGCUAAGGCUAUUGGGGUGAACACUGAGAACUUGCUUCUUUCGCAACCUGAUUGUGGCGAACAAGCUCUCAGUCUUGUGGAUACUCUCAUACGGAGUGGUUCUGUUGAUGUUGUUGUUGUUGAUAGUGUAAGUAAGGUAGCUGCACUUGUGCCUAAAAGUGAACUUGAUGGAGAGAUGGGUGAUGCACAUAUGGCAAUGCAAGCCAGAUUGAUGAGUCAGGCACUUCGCAAACUGAGCCACUCUUUAUCGCAGUCACAAACUAUUUUGGUCUUUAUAAAUCAGGUGAGGGCAAAGCUUUCAACUUUUGGAUUUGGUGGGCCCACUGAAGUAACCUGUGGUGGUAAUGCUCUGAAGUUCUAUGCUUCAGUUCGCCUAAACAUUAGAAGGGUGGGGUUUAUCAAGAAGGGAGAAGAGACAACAGGAACUCAAGUCCAAGUGAAGAUAGUGAAGAAUAAGCUAGCUCCUCCUUUUAAAACAGUUCAAUUUGAGCUUGAGUUUGGAAAGGGAAUAAGUCGUGAAUCAGAGAUCAUAGAAUUGGCGUUGAAACACAAGCUCAUCAAGAAAAGUGGCUCAUUUUAUGAUUGUAAUGGUAAAAAAUACCAUGGCAAGGAAGCAUUCAAGGAGUUUCUAGCUCAUAAUGAUGAUGUACAGGAAGAGCUUAUGAUGAAGCUUAGGGAGAAGCUACUUGAAGGUGAGACAGGUCAGGAACUGGGAGAUGAGUCUACAGAUGGAGAACCCACUCAAGAAAUCACCUCACCUGAUUCUACUGAUGAAGAAGUUGCUGCAGCUGAAGCAUAGCACGUGAAUGACUGCAAAACUGUAGAUGAAGUUUAUUCUGCUAGAUUCUAUGGCAUCGCCCAGUUUUCGAUGGAAUCCAGCAAUCCUAUCUCCUGCUCAUCCAUAGCAUCUGGGUUUCCCAGUGGGGCACAAACUGAAGGAAAGAUUCAAAAGGCCUUGGAUUUAUUAUAAUCACAAGCUACCCUUGCUCAUGACCGAGCGAAUGGUUUUUGAUUGUGCUGUAAUUGAAAUGUGUUAAUCGUUGUAGUGCACAUUUUGGUUAUAGAAUGGAUGAAAGUCUUGCGAGGUCAAGAUAUGUUGCUGCAGAAAAUGCAGGGCAAUUGUCAAAUUUCUUAAAUGUACACUAUAAGUUAUAUCUAUUUUAUUUAUAUUUAUUUUUUUCUUUA